CCCACGCACCCCUCAACUCUCUUCCCUCUCCCCCCUCCCCCUCUCCCCCAAAAAACGAAAGAGUACGUAUCUUAUGUUUUAGAACUAUACAAUAACUUACAGUUACAGAGCACAUAGCUAACAUCUCACAAAUUGGACUCUACGAAGAAUCAGAAUUUGUUUUCCUCUCUGAAAACCUAGGGUUUUUUCUCCUUCUCAACAAGGUUGAGAUGAAUCCAUCAAAAUCUCAGAAGUUUGAAAUGGAAUCAACUUCGAAGUCUGUUAAGCAUUCAUACGUUGCACCUGGCGCCUUAGCAAGGGGACGAGGGCAAAGCUUCAAAAUUUUGGGCUCGGUAAGAGUAAAUGCUGAACAGAGACUCCCGAUUGGCAAAAGUAAAAAUUGUAAUGCAGCAGUUUCUUAUCUGAACGAGCUAGCUCAGAAUAAGAGUCUUGCACCUCCUGGUUUUGAUCCAGUAGAAGAUGAUGUUUCCCUCCCGCAAGAAGUUGAAGUGAUGCAAGACACUCAGAGAAACGAAAUAAGUAAUUCACUGUUUCAAAUUGUAAUAUAUAUUUUUUUUGUUAUUGCAGUGGCACUUUUUUAUUGUUUGACUUAAAUUUGAAAUUAACUGGUCCAUGUGAAUCUGAAAAGGCAAAAAAAGUGAGAGGAAAGAACAGGUGUAAAAAUGUUCUUGGACUCAAAGUUGGAGAAAAGUUGAGCGUCACUUUCUACCACAAUCAAGUUGUUGGGAAGAAUUCAACCUCAUUUGUCAGACACUUAGGUUUAUUAGUUCGUGACCGUAAUAUGUGCCCAUUGCGGGUACACUCAUGGGCGGGCAUCGAAGAAUAUAAGCUGGACCAUAUGUGCGAAGAUGUUACUGUUAUGGAACAAUUGGAGAGGAUCGCUGCACAUGAUUGUGAAGUCUAAGCCAUUGCGCGAUGUUCUAAAGGAUGUGCCAGAGGGGGUCGACAAGAGUGAUUGGGAAUGGUUGGUCAAGGAGCACUUCUUAUCUGAAAAGUUUAAGGAAAGAAGUACGAGAAACUCAGUGAAUAGGUCUAAGUUGAAUGUGCCUCAUCGUACGGGUAGCAAGCCUAUCAGAGAGAUUAUUUAUGAGCUGGGAGGCAAAGAUGGUAAUCCACCAGAUAUGUCUACUAUUUUCUUUGAGACUCAUAAGAAGGACGAUAAGCUUGUCGAACCUGAAACCAAUGAAAAAUAUACUGAAAUUCAAGAAUUGGUACAAUCCGAGCCGUCUCUUACAAACAUUGAGGUUGUAGAAAGGUGCUUUGGACCUCAAUGCAAGAGCAAUGUGGUUGGAUUUGGGGGUGGGAUAACCGCUAAGGAGUUAAAGGGCGGUAAGUCCUCUAAGGCUGCACUGUUGGAUGAGUUGAAUGCAACUCGAAAAGAAAAUCUAUCACUAAAAAGACGCCUGGAUAACUUGGAGAAUACAGUUGCACAACUUGCAAGCACAUACUCUGGCCAGCCUUCAUCAACACCAUCUUCAACUGAACCAGAUACAGGCAUUUGAAAGAUUAAAAAGUUGAAGAAUGAAGAUGUCAUUGAAGAAAGUACAAAGCAAAUUGAUGCAUACUAGAUUUUAUAGCUUUCUUAGUGGUUGUGUAGGGAUGUUGGCAUUUGUACACAUGUUGAAAUUUCAUUUUCUCUCUUUCCGGAAUUGAUAGUGAGAAAGUCAUACAGUUUAGAUUUGGGUAUAUAUUCUAGUAAUGUGUUGUUUUACUAGUUCUUUCUAAUUGACAGAUUAAUUUUAUGUGAAUACAUGUUUUAUUUA